AUGCUUCUCGCCUGCAGAACACGAUAUCUCACUAUCAACAUUUGUUCGCGUUCGAUAACAACACCCAGUAAUUACAAUCAUGGUGCAAUAUCAGACGGGACGAAAGCAGCCACUCAUCGCAGAAAACCUGCUCGAGGAGGCCAGAAUCUAUCAGACAGGUAUAUACGCCUAGAGAAGUCUCUUAGAGGAAAAGAUACCAUUUCACGGGAAAUUGAUGGUCUUGUUCAUCCGGACCCUGAAUCCCCGAGGUCGAGACGGAGUCAAGAUCCAGUACGCCUGUUCCAUGGAUAUGUGGUUCCAGAAGAGCCGAAGCCUCCAGCAGAUGAUGAAUGUUGCAUGUCUGGCUGUGCCGUCUGCGUUUACGACCUGUACGAAGAAUCCCUUGAAGCAUAUCACGGAGCCAUAGCGCAACUUCGGGACAAUCUUACCGCAAAAAAUAUCCCCGAAAGCGACUGGCCUUUACAUAUACGCAACAAAAAGCUUGAUAUCCGUGUAGAGAAGAGAAAGGACACCAUUCUGAGCGCAUUCGAGGAAAUGGAGCGUAACCUUCAGCUGAAAAAACAGCAGGCAGAUCCAGGAGCUGUUUUACCGAACGACUCCAACAUCGGUGCAGGCAAGCGGAACCAAACUGUGGUGAAUAUGAAAAGCGCACCUCGGGACUCGAUCUUCAGUGAAAUAUACCACGGUGCUAGAUGGCUGCUGUUUAGCGGUCGCUGA